UGCACCUAAAAUUUGUUUGGCAACCGUCAGUAAAACUCGAAGAAGAAGAAGAAGAGAAGACUUCUUGGUGGGCUGACGAUAGCUUUGGGGACGACGCCCUGAGUGCUUUGUGCAGCCUGAAAAGGGAGCUCCAGCAGACAUCUGUUUCUCAUCUGAAUUUGUAACAAUUCUGCAAACAAGAGAUAAAAAUGAUCCCUGGUAUAGGUGAUAGCACAGAGGUUAUUCCCAACCCCGAACCCAGGACCAGAGAAGAGUUCCUCCAGUAUUCUCUUCGUCUGACGCUGGAUACGAACACGCUGUCUAACCACCUUCAGCUGGAGAGAAACAAAGUGAUCGUGUUUACUGACACAAACCAGCAGUAUCCCGAUAAUUCAGGCAGAUUUGAUUGUUGUCAGGUGUUGUGUAGAGAGCGCGUGCGUGGACGCUCAUACUGGGAGAUUAAGUGGGCUGGUGCUGUGUAUAUAGCAGUGUCAUAUAAAAGCAUCUGUAGGAAGGAAAUGGGUCAUGGAUGUGAUUUUGGGCGUAAUGAUCAGUCCUGGAGAUUGUACUGCUCUGACACCAGAUUUUCAUUUUGUCACGAUAACAAAUGGACAAAUCUCCCUGUAGUGUCCAGUUCUUUCAGAAUUGGAGUGUAUGUGGAUCACAGUGCAGGAAUUUUGUCUUUCUACAGCGUCUCUGACACACAAAUGACCCUCAUUCACAGCAUCCACACCACGUUUACUCAACCUCUCUAUCCUGGGUUUGCAAUGGUUUCCAUUCAUUCUAGAGUUACGCUCUGUGAUCCAACAAUAUAGAUUGUACAGAAAUUAAAUAAACUGUAUUUUAUAAUAAUAUAUUUUAAUUAGAACUCAGAAGCGUACUUGCAUUUACAGGGUUCCCACGGGUUGAAAGUGUGUGAGUCUGGGGGAAAAGAGUUCAAGGCCCUGGGAAGUUUUUGAAAAUAUACAUACAUAUAUGCAGGUCAUUGAAAUUGCUUGAAUCAAUUUUUUGCACAAAUUUUUCUGGAAAAAAAUCCAUAUUAUUCCCUGUGUAGUGUAGGAUAAUAUCAUAAUAAGCAAACGUGCUAAACUGUUCGCUUUAAAUGCUUAUAUCUUCUGUAUGCAAAUGUUGAUUCAUAACAAAAUGCUUUUUUGCAUUGUUGUGUUUGACACAUGAAAACGUCUCGUAAUACGUAAGUAACUGUUGUUCCCUGAGAAGGGAACGAGACGCUGCGUCUCCCUUGCCAUACUUCCAGCAUCCCUGUAACGCCGUCUUUGGCAAUAUUUCAGAUAGCGAUAUACUUCAUGGCUCCCACGUCACCCUGGCUUUGUGGUUAAGCCUCAUCAUUGGUUGAAUUUGAUGUACACAUUAAAACGCACUUACCCCUGGAGGCGUCCCCAAAGUGUCACCGCAGUGACACAGCGCAAGUUCCCUCGAAAGGAAACUGUAACAAUGUAUCUUAAAAGGUAACCUUGCUCUCACUUGAAAUGUGCCGUCACAUUUAGUCCUUGAAUUUGAUUGUAUUGGACCUGGAAGGUCUUUGAAAGGUCCUUAAUUUUGAAGUUAACAAAACCUACAUAUGCACUACAUUUUAUGAGCUGUACCCGAGUAUGCUCACUUCAUUAAAAGAUUCGUGUUUUUUUUGUUUUUGAAAAAAAAACUGUAAAAUUUGCACCAUGGAGUUCAUUGUAAUUUAUGGUUUAUUAAGUAUGUUUGAAAUCAUGAUAUUAAUUCAUAUAACGAUCAUUUUACAUGUCUUCAGGUUUAUUUAAACAGGUUUACUCGCACACUGUUUGAACAUUUUGUGUGUGGGCCUUUAAUGCCCAUCUCUAUGCUUCAGAAUGCUAAGUGCAUGUGUACUUGCAUUUGAAUGCAGUGUUUCCCACAGGAUUUUGAGGAGACUGUCACCCGCUAAUUAGCAUAUAUGUGAUGUCAUCAUGUCGUGUUUGCGUUUGAUCUAGUGUUGGCACCUGAAAUAUGUUUCACUUCUACUCUUUGGUCUGUAUCUGUAUUUGAUCUGUAUUAUAUAUCAAGUUGUAUUUUAAGCCAAAUUAAGCUGUUUUACAAAAAUGUAAAUGGGAAUCAAUGGGGGCCAGUGUUGAUUCUGUG